AUGGUUGGUGCUAUGGUCAACCUCACUAGGUACCCAGGUUUGGAGGCACAGGAAAAAGAGAAGUUAGUUCUAUCUGGAGCAGUGGAAACUAUGAGAAACUACCUGGUGACAUUACCAGCCAGGCUUAACUUCCCCUCUACCCAGAAAGUUUGUUUGGAUCUGAGCCCUGGGUCCCAUGAUUUAAAAUUCACUAUUACCCUGGAGACCAAGGAUAAGACUCAGAAGUUGCUAGAAACCUCUGGAUUGAAGAAGAGGCUCUUACGCUGCACUUCCUUUCCGGUACCACCUCCUGCUGGUGGCACAGAAGAAGUUGCUACAGUCUGGGUGUCCGGGACUGGAAAUAAUAUCAGCUUUGAGGAGAAGAAAACAGUUCUAAUUGAGAGGGAGGGGAAUGGCAUCUUUAUACAAACGGACAAACCUAUCUACAGCCCAGGGCAGGAAGUGCACUUCCGCAUUGUCACCCUGAACAGCAGCUUUGUUCCAGUGAAUGACAAGUACUCCAUGGUGGAACUGCAGGAUCCAAAUAGCAACAGGAUUGCACAGUGGCUGGAAGUGGUACCUCAGCAAGGCAUUGCAGACCUAUCCUUCCAACUGGCACCAGAGGCAAUGCUGGGAACCUAUAUGGUAGCAGUGGCUGGGGGCAUGGCCUUUGGCACCUUCAGUGUGGAAGAAUAUGUGUUGCCUAAGUUUAAGGUGGAUGUGGUGGAGCCCAAGCAGUUAUCAACAGUGGAAGAAUCCUUCUUAGUCAAGAUUUGUUGUAGGUACACCUACGGAAAGCCCAUGCUAGGGACAGCACAGGUAUCAGUGUGUCAAAAGCCAUAUAGCUACCAUUUUCCAGAGCCAGAACAGCAACAGCUACCUGACAGAUGCACAAACCUUUCUGGACAGAUGAAUUUUUUUAGAAUUCUAUCACAGACUCAAGAAAUUAACCUAAAUCCUUGGAAGACUGACAAAGCAGGAUGCUUCUCAGCUUCUGUGGACAUGUCUACCUUCAACCUCACUGGGUAUAUGUACAGCCACAGCAUCAAUAUUGUGGCUAUUGUGGUGGAAGAAGGAACAGGAGUAGAGGCCAAUACUACUCGGGAUAUCUACAUUUCUUCACAAAUGGGAUCAAUAACCUUUGAAGACACCAAAAAUUUUUAUUACCCCAAUUUUCCCUUCAGUGGGAAGGUAAGAGUUAGGGGCCAUGAUGGCUCCCUUCUCAAGAAUCAUCCAGUAUUUUUGGUGAUUAAUGGCAUAAAUGGAACCAUCAACCAGACCCUAACAACUGACAAUGAUGGCCUUGCUCCCUUCAAGCUGGAUACAGUAAAUUGGAAUGGGAGAGAUAUUUCUCUGGAGGCCAGAUUCCAAAUGGAAGAUUUGGUAUAUAAUCCAGGAGAGAGGCCUCAUUACUACCAAAAUGAUUAUCUGCACCUGCAGGCCUUCUACAACACAACUCAGAGCUUCCUUGGCAUCCACCCGCUAAGUGGACUCUUGGCAUGUAGCCAGCCCCAGGAAGUGCUGGUGGACUAUUACAUUGAUCCAGCUGAUGCAAACCCUGACCAGGAAAUCAUCUUCUCCUACUAUUUAAUAGGGAAAGGGCACUUGGAGAUGGAGGGACAGAAACACCUGAACUCUGAGAAGGAAGGAAUGAAAGGCUCCUUCUCCCUCUCACUGACCUUCAAUUCCAGACUAGCCCCUGAUCCUUCCCUAGUGGUCUAUGCCAUUUUUCCCAGUGGAGGCAUUAUAGCUGACAAAAUUCAGUUCUCAGUAGAGAUGUGUUUUGACAAUCAGGUUUCCCUUGGCUUCUCACCUUCCAAGCAGCUUCCAGGAGCAGAUGUGGAACUACAGCUACAGGCAGCUCCUGGAUCGCUGUGUGCAGUCCGGGCUGUGGAUGAGAGUGUCUCACUGCUUAGGCCGGAGAGAGAGCUAAGCAACAACUCUGUCUAUAGGAUGUUCUCAUUCUGGUAUGGCCACUACCCCUAUCAGGUGGCUGAAUAUGAUGAGUGUCCAGUGUCUGGCCCCUGGUAUGCUCCUCAGCCCCUCUCAGCUAUGUGGAGGCCUUGGUUCUCUGAAGGCAUGGACCUUUUCCAUCUUUUCCAGGGCAUGGGCCUGAAAAUACUGUCCAAUGCCAAAAUUAAGAAGCCAGUAGAUUGCAUUCACCAGCCUCUGGAAUACAGCUUUUCAAUGGGUGAAGCAAAUUAUAAUAUUGGUACAGUGAAUUCUGAGUCAUCAUCUUCUUCAUCACUUCAGUCAGAGGACUCUCAGGUCCGCCAGUACUUCCCGGAGACCUGGCUCUGGGAUCUGUUUCCUAUUGGUGACUCAGGGAAGGAGGCUGUCCAUCUUACAGUUCCUGAUACCAUUACUGAGUGGAAGGCCAUGACUUUUUGUACCUCCCAGUCCAGCGGCUUUGGUCUUUCACCUACUGUUGGACUGACUGCUUUCAAGCCAUUCUUUGUUGACCUGACUCUCCCUUACUCAGUAGUUCGUGGGGAAUCCUUUCGCCUUACUGCCACCAUCUUCAAUUAUCUAAAGGACUGCAUCAGGGUUCAGACUAAUCUGGCUACAUCAGAUAAAUACCAGGUGGAAUCGUGGACAGAUUCUCAGGGAUCCAGCUGUCUCUGUGCUGAUGAAGCAAAAACGUAUCACUGGAAUAUCACAGCUAUCAAAUUGGGUCAUGUAAACUUUACUAUCACUACUAAGAUUCUGGACAGCAGUGAACUCUGUAGGGGGGAAAAGGGGUUCAUUCCAGCAAAGGGCCAGAGUGACACACUUAUCAAACCAGUUCUGGUCAAGCCUGAGGGAGUCCUUGUGGAGAAGACAUACAGCUCAUUGCUAUGCCCAAAAGGACAAGUGGCUUCAGAAUCUAUCUCCCUGGAGCUCCCUGUGGAUGUUGUUCCUGAUUCAACCAAGGCUUAUGUUACAGUUCUGGGAGACAUUAUGGGCACGGCCCUACAGAACCUAGACAAUCUGGUGCAGAUGCCAAGGGGCUGUGGGGAGCAGAACAUGGUCUUGUUUGCUCCCAUAAUCUACGUCUUGCAGUAUCUGGAGAGGGCAAGGCUGCUGACUGAAGAAAUCAAGUCUCAGGCAGUGGGUUUCCUGAAAAUAGGGUACCAGAAGGAGCUAAUGUACAAACACAGCAACGGCUCAUACAGUGCCUUUGGGGAGCAGGAUGGAGAUGGAAACACAUGGCUGACAGCGUUUGUCACCAAAUGCUUUGGCCAAGCUCAAGAAUUUAUCUUCAUUGAUGACAAGAAUAUCCAGGAUGCUCUCAAGUGGAUGGCGGGAAACCAGCUCCCCAACGGUUGCUAUGCUAAUGUGGGAAACCUCAUUCACACAGCUAUGAAGGGCGGUGUUGAAGAUGAGAUUUCCCUGACUGCAUACAUCACAGCUGCAUUGCUGGAAAUGGGAAUGACCGCACAUGACCCAAUGGUGAGUCAGGGUCUGAAGUGCCUCCGAGACUCUGUUUCCUCUACUACCAACCUCUACACACAGGGCCUCCUUGCUUAUACUUUCUCUCUGGCUGGGGAGAUGGACAUCAGAAACGUUCUUCUUGAAAAGUUAGACCAGCAGGCUAUCAUCUCAGGAGGGUCUAUUCACUGGAGCCAAAAGCCUAUUCCGUCAUUGGAUGACAGACCUUGGUCUCAGCCUGAGGCUGUAGAUGUGGAACUUACAGCAUAUAUAUUACUGGCCCAACUUAGCAAAGCCAGCCUGACUCAAAAGGAGAUAGCCAAGGCCACUGCCAUAGUGGCUUGGUUAACCAAGCAACGUAAUGCAUAUGGGGGCUUCUCUUCUACUCAGGAUACUGUAGUUGCUCUCCAAGCUCUUGCCAAAUAUGCCACUGUAGCCUAUGUAACAUCUGAAAAAGUCAACCUGGCUGUAAAAUCCAAUAAGAAUUUCCAGCACACUUUCAGCAUUCAGGCUGCCAACCGGUUGGUGCUUCAGCAGGAAACUCUGCCCAGUAUCCCUGGAGUGUACACCUUGGAAGCCUCAGGCCAGGGCUGUGUCUAUGUGCAGAUGGUGCUGAUAUACCAUAUUCCCCCUCCUAAGUUUGUGGACACCUUUAGUCUUAGUGUGGAAAUGGGAAAAGCUAGAUGUGAGCAAGCUACUUCACCUCGAUCCUUGAUGCUCACCAUACACACCAGUUACGUGGGGAGUCGCAGUUCUUCCAAUAUGGCCAUUGUAGAAGUGAAGAUGCUUUCUGGGUUCAGCCCCAAGGAGGGUACCAAUCAGUUACUUCUCCAACAACCUCUGGUGAAGAAGGUGGAAUCUGGAACUGAUAUCCUGAACAUUUAUUUGGAAGAGCUGAGCAAGAAGACUCAGAACCUAUUCCUUUACCAUCAGCCAAAGUGUGUUGGUCACUAACCUGAAACCAGCAACCAUCACAGUCUAUGACUACUACCUCCCAGAUGAACGGGCAACAAUUCAGUACUCUGACCCCUGUGAAUGAGGAUAGAAGUUGUAAAGAGACCAAUUUAAUCCUUUGUGACAUUACUGGACAGCCUUCUUCUGCCUCUUAAAGGAAAACUCAUUUAAUCAAAUAAUAUGAUUUCUCUGAUUGAUAGUAACAGCUGAGCAGGUUUGAAGCUCAGCUACUUUCUACUACUUCACAGAUGCAUAGGUGCUAGAAUAAAGGGCUGGAGGAGAUGAGGGGAAUUAUAUGGAAAAGACCACGGGGAGAGAUGUGGUUUAGCCAUGUAGGGAACUCUCCAGAGAUGAUAUGGAGGUAGAGGGUGAUCCAAGAAAGAUAAAAAUGUCUUCUUGGAGGUUAAAUCUAAGAGAGGAUAUAAUUUAGGGCUUUGGGAAUAGAUUUAAAAAGUUUUUUUCUUUGAAAAUAAAAUCUGUGUCCUUGACUUUGUGCAUAUUUCUAUGGAUACCAAAGAUUCUAUUUCAAGAUGAUGAUCAUCCCUUAACCAAAACUCACAUUUUGGCUUCUUUAAACCUUUUGACCCAGGAAUGCC